ACACUAAAUGGAGUGAAGAACAUUGAGGCCACUACCAAGCCGAUGUUAGGGGUGCAGGUGACUGAGCUAGAUGAUGGCAUCUUCAUUGGUUGCACUGUCAACCAUUCUGUCACGGAUGGCACGUCAUUUUGGCAUUUCCUCAAUUCUUGGUCCGAAAUUUCUAGAGGUGCUGUUGAUUUAUCUAAACAUCCUGUUUUUGAACGUUCGUAUCUUAAAGAUCACACUGAUGGUCCCGUUCGCAUCCCAAAUUCACAACUCAAACAAAUCCACGAUGAGCACAUUCCGUUACCUUUGGAUGAAAACGUCCUCCAUUUCACGAGGGAAAGUAUUGCAAAACUCAAAGCAAAAGCCAAUGCUGAGGUUGGUUCUAACAAGAUCUCUUCUCUCCAAGCAGUCUUAGCUCAUGUUUGGCGAUCUGUUUACCGCACGAAACAACUUGACCCCAAUGAAGAGAUUUCUCAUGGACUGGCGUUUAGCGUAAGACCAAGAUUACGAUCCAUGCCACAAGAAUACUUUGGAAAUGCUGUGCAAUUUGGGGCAAAAGCCAAUGCUGAGGUUGGUUCUAACAAGAUCUCUUCUCUCCAAGCAGUCUUAGCUCAUGUUUGGCGAUCUGUUUACCGCACGAAACAACUUGACCCCAAUGAAGAGAUUUCUCAUGGACUGGCGUUUAGCGUAAGACCAAGAUUACGAUCCAUGCCACAAGAAUACUUUGGAAAUGCUGUGCAAUUUGGGGGUCUGACACUGAAGGCGAGGGAAUUACUAGAGGGAGGACUUGGUAACGUGGCGUUGCAAAUGAACAGAACGGUUGCUGCACAAACUGAAGAAACUAUGAGCAAUUUCCUCAGGUCAUGGCCAAAAAGCCCUGUGUUAAUCACGCCGGGCAUGGUCAACGCAGUAAAUGGCUUGUUCGGAAUUGGUUCACACCGAUAUGAUGCAUAUGGAAAUGAUUUUGGAUGGGGAAGGCCAAUUGCAUUACGAAGCGGAUCAGGGAACAAGUUGAAUGGGAUGAUGGUAGUGUGCCCUGGGGUCGAAGAUGGAAGUAUUGAAAUCGAAGCUUGCCUUCCGCCCGAGACAUUGCAUGCCUUGGUCAAUGAUCAAGAUUUCGUGGGUGCUGAUGAUCAUGAGUUCCAUGCUCUGGAGAUGGUGGGUUGAUCUUUGGUCGAGUGGAAGUCAGCCGGCCUGCUUGGUGUUUGAAGCAACCCAACUCCUUUCUCGUUUCUCCUUCCCCUCACCCUUAACUAGUAGGUUUUUUGUUUUAAGAUUUCGUAGGUGCUGUAGUUAUCUACUUACUAGUUUUUAUGCAAAAAUGUUGCCUAUACAGGUCUUUGUUUAAUUUUUGCAUGCAUGGUUGUAAUAAGAUUACGUUGCAUGCUCGUGUUGUACUUGUAACAAUAUACGGUUGUCUUUUAU